AUUGUGUAUAAAGGGCUUGGGACCAAAAAUCGUGUCCAUUGUGAACUGUGUGAUGUGGAUUAUUCUCAUGACGAUUUAGUGAAAAGACGAUGUUUCUUUGUGUAUGUGCCACUUAAAGGUCAACUAUCCGAUUUACUUCAAAGGCCAGAUAUUGGAUUGAAGCUUGAUUAUCGUUUCACAAGAGUUAAAAAAGAGGAACCCAAUUACAAAGAUAUUAAUGACAGUGAAAUGUACAAGAAAAUUGCCAAUGGGAAGUUGAUAAGUGAUCCCAAUGUCAAUUGUGACAGCGUUCCCAUAUUUAAAUCUUCGAACUAUAGCAUUUCGCCUAUGCAAGGAAUCUUAAAUGAACUUCCUCCCAAUGAAAGAAAAUAUAACGUUCUCUUAGUAGCACUUUGGUUUGGAUCUGUCAAACCAAUUGUUUCAACCAUUCAGAGAUGA